UCCUCCUCACAGGCUCAACCUGGAGUUGCCAGAGGACAGCAGUGAGUCUACCACUUCUGACACAGAGAGUGAAACCAGCUGCUCUUCAACGAUGUCUCUGGACUCUUGGAGCACCAUCUCCUGCACUACCAUCAUGGAGAGCGAAACCGGACAGAUUUCAAGGGCAUCUACCCCCACUCCUCUGCAGAAAGAAGACUCACUUCAUGCUUCUGUGUUCCAGCCUGGCCUCAUGCAUCCCAAGGCUGGCCCAGGGGAGCAGCAUGACCAUGACACUUGCCAACCCUGCAGGAAAGAAGUGGUCAGAUGCCACAGGGCCAGCAGUGUGCACCAACACCAGCAACACGUCCAGGUCCAGCAGGCUGCUCCCACCCAUCCUCCAGAGGUGCCCAAAUUCCACUCCAUGGAAAUGAAGACAUCUUUGCCACAAAAGAAAUCCAAGGAGGCCUUAAACUACUUCACCUCACAUAAGAAAGAGGAGGAGAAACUGCGCCUGCCAGCUGAUGGGGACAAGCCUCCACAAAAUGAUCCAGCCUCUGCUUUGAAAGUAUCGAAGCAAGAAGAAGAGCCUAAUAUGAAGGCGGUUCCCAUGGUGUGGGACCUGACCUUCAUAGACAAGGCUGUGAAAAAUCAGCUGGAGCAUGUAGUGGAAAAAAUGUAUAUACAAAAGCAAUUUGGACUGUCAGAGAUGCUGUUGUCCUGUGAGGGGAGCUUUUCAGCCACUGUCCUGGAAGCAAGGACAGCUGUCCCAACCACAGCUCCUCGAUCACCCCAAUGGCGAGCAGAGCCACAUGUGGUGGUGACUCCUGUGGAGAAGGACCCACCCUGUGUGGAAAAGACUGUGAACCAUCAUCUGGAGGGGCCUAACGGACAAAAGCAGACAAAAGAGCUCUUCGGGCUACCAGGGAUCCUGGCUUGCAUGAAAAGAUCUUCAGACCCCGUCCUGGGACAAAAAGACUCCCAGACUGAGCCUGUCCACUCUGUGCCAGCAGCUAUUCUGAGAGUGGAACAAGGGAUGAAGCCUCAGGAGGAUGGGGACAGACCCCACCAGAAAAUGGAGUGUGGAGGAAGAGCCAACGGCAGCAGCACGACCAGCAAGACGACCCUGCCUGGCAUCAGCAAGAUGAACCAGGACCCUGGGGCAGUAGGGGAUUCCCCUUCCAUCCAGGCAGAGCAGGCGUGGCCACAGAGCAAGGGAGCUCCGCGGGGUCAAUCAGAUAAAAAGGGUGAGGGCCCCAGCAUCUCCACUACAGGGGACAUGGGGACACCAAUAUCUCCAAGAAGAAGACCCCCACAGAGAAAACACAGCUCCACACAGACGCUGCACUUCAUAGUCUGCAGUAAAACUGCUGUCCUCUGCUUUGACAAGCGCAUUAAAAAUGCCGCCUGUCUGGCUUCCAGUCCCAUAAGCUAA